AUGGUGGGGGAAACAUGUUUUGUCUCUCCUUUUGGCUGCUGUUUUUGCCCCUGCAUUCACUCUCUUAAACCUCCCCUCCCACCCUGGGCCACAGCACCCCCAAGCAGGCGGACCUGUGUGUUCUUUGAGGCCCCUGGAGUCCGGGGAAGCACAAAGACACUGGGGAAGCUGCUAGAUGCAGGACCAGGGCCCCCCAGGGUUAUCCGCUGCCUCUACAGCCACUGCUGCUUUGGGAUCUGGAACCUGACCCAAGACCAGGCACAGGUGGAGAUGCAAGGAUGCCGAGACAGUGAUGAGCCAGGCUGUGAGUCCCCGCGAUGUGACCCGAGCCCCCGAGCUCAGCCCAGUCCCAGCUCCACUCUCUUCACCUGCUCCUGUGGCACUGACUUCUGCAAUGCCAAUUACAGCCACCUGCCUCCGCUGGGGAGCCCUGGGACUCCUGGUUCCCAGGGUCCCCCGGCCAUCUCAGGCGAGUCCAUCUGGAUGGCGCUGGUGCUGCUGGGGCUGUUUCUCCUCCUGCUGCUGCUGGGCAGCAUCAUCUUGGCCCUGCUACAGAGAAAGGCCUGCAGAGUGAGAGGUGGGCCAGCGCCAGAGCCAGAGCCAGACGCAGGCAGGGACUGGAGUGCGGAGCUGCCUGAGCUGCCUGAGCUGUGCUUCUCCCAGGUGCCCAGGGCGGGAGGAAGGUGCCCUCUAAGUACUCCCAGAGGGUGUGCUGGGGGGGAAGCCUUGUCCACACCCAACACCGUAUCCCACCAGGUAAUCCGGGAAGGAGGUCACGCAGUGGUGUGGGCUGGGCAGCUGCAAGGCGAGUUGGUAGCCAUCAAGACCUUCCCCCUGAGGGCUAUGGCCCAGUUCCGAGCUGAGAGAGCAUUGUAUGAGCUGCCAGGCCUGCAGCACGACCACAUUGUCCGCUUUAUCACUGCCAGCAGGGGGGGACCUGGGCCCCUGCUCUGUGGGCCCCUGCUGGUAUUGGAACUGCACCCCAAGGGUUCUCUGUGCCACUACUUGACCCAGCACACCAGUGACUGGGGACGUUCCCUGCGGAUGGCACUGUCCCUGGCACAGGGCUUGGCAUUUCUCCAUGAGGAGCGCUGGCAGGAUGGCCAAUAUAAACCAGGUAUUGCCCACCGAGAUCUGAGCAGCCAGAAUGUGCUCAUUAGGGAGGAUGGGUCAUGUGCCAUUGGAGACCUGGGCCUCGCCUUGGUGCUACCUGGCCUCACUCCGCCCCCAACCUGGGUCCCUACUCAACCCCAAGGCCCAGCUGCCAUCAUGGAGGCUGGUACCCAGAGGUACAUGGCCCCGGAGCUCCUGGACAAGACUCUGGACCUACAGGACUGGGGCACGGCCCUCCGGCGUGCCGAUGUUUAUUCUCUGGCUCUGCUCCUGUGGGAGAUCCUGAGCCGCUGCGCGGAUCUGUGGCCUGACAGCAGACCACCACCCUUCCAACUGGCCUAUGAGGCAGAACUGGGCAGCACCCCCACCACCUGUGAGCUAUGGACCUUGGCAGUGGCGGAGAGAAGGCGCCCUUACAUCCCACCCACUUGGUGCUGCUUUGCCACAGACCCUGGUGUUCUUAGAGAGAUCCUAGAGGACUGUUGGGAUGCAGACCCGGAAGCACGGCUGACAGCUGAGUGUGUACAGCAGCGUCUGGCUGCCCUGGCCCAUCCUCAGGAGGCUCACCUCUUCCCAGAGGGCUGUUCACAUAGCUGCCUGCCUCUCUGCGCAGAAGACUGUCUCUCGACUCCCCCCACCCUUCUCCCUUGUAGGCCUCGGCUGAGAAUCUGUCACUUCAGCAUUAAGCAAGGCCCUUGUUUCAGGAUUCUCAACCUACCGAUACUAUUUCUCAUGUGUAACUAUGCAGUUUAUGUGUAAUCGAUGUAUGCGCAAACUAGACACGGUGAUCAUAUGCCUGUUUGCUCUCCCUCACUACUGCCUUUCCCGCUUGCCAAAUGCUUGGACCCUUCUGUGGGUAUCCAGUCCACUAUAAUUCUGACCAGUGACGGAGGGUAGGUGUGCACAGGAAAGAGAUAAAGUCAGCUUUCCUGACUCCACACCCUUAGGGCAUCCUCCCUUCUUAUGAUCCUGGGCUCCUCCUGGCGCUCUUCUGUUCCUUCUCCUCAACAAGCCUUUAUUUGGUGGGAUACCAUGAAGGGCACUGGGGAAAGAGGGAUGAAACCAUGAACUUGCUGCUCUGAAGGUGCUCAGAGAUCCAAAACUCACUCUGUUGGGAUCCUGUACAGUGUCCUGGGAGGGGGUGUUCUCUGGUGAGGCCUGAGUAGGAAGGCCUCACAGCACAGGAUGCUUGAGCUGGGUCUUGAAUGAGCAGGAAUUUUCCAGGAGUGUUGGGGGCAGUACGACAUUCCUGCCCAGUGAGGUGUAUCAUGAGGUGCAGCAAGAAACUACAGGUAACCUGAGUAGCAAAAGUGUGUGUGUGUGUGUGUGUG